AGUCAAGCUUUCUAGAGAAAAUGUCACCUACGAGGACACCCAGAUGAUGGUAGACUCAGACCGAGAUACGGAUCCCGAAGGAAGCACUUUCACUGAUUCCCUAGGUGACUUUGCUCCAGACGAGUCUUUCUCGAUGCACGUGGAUGACGUCGUACUGCCCCCCAAGCGCGCGAUGGGGAGGGCAUCCAGCAUCGCUGCUGUCCCCUCUACCAGUCGCCCUACGGCUUCUUCCUCAAACUCCGGGUUUGCGCCUUCCUCCAAAGCUCUCGCAACUACAUCCACAUCCUCAUCUACAGCAUUUUCAGAGAAGAUACCCCAGUCAAGAGAUGUGCGCCCUCCUGUGGCACCCCCAACAACUCAACGAGGUCCCCCACCGCUGGGGAUGCGCCGGCAACACAACCUCCCCAAUUCCGGGUUUCCUUUGUCUCAAUCGCGCUACACCACCACACAAUCGCCGUAUGCUGCAUCGCAAGCAAAGGGACAAAAACCAGUGACACUUCCGCCCUUCAAGCCUCCGCUGCUCAAGAAACCCAACCCGAAAUACGUUCUUGCACCAAAGCAGGUAGUCCAGACUCCCGAGAGCCCGCCAACUUCGACGCCCGAGCUGGAUAAGGACGAUAGUAACGAUGAUGGUGAUGUGGAAGAUACAGGCGGUGCGGCGGGUGCGGAUUCGUCGUUUGAUGUGUCUUUUGAUGUGGAUGCAGAUGCCCUGGAGGCGACCAUGCGGCAGUAUGAUUAGUGCGUGGACGAUGCGUUUUCAGGCUGGGGAAGAUACGAGAUGGGUGCAUGCUAGGUGACUACUAUGUUUCCGAUCCGUCAUUGAUAAUCCAUCUACGUAUAUUUACAUGUACAUUCGCCAGCAUAUAAUACUCACUGCCUCACAAUAUUAAU